AGCGUCUGUCUGUCUGGAGCUGCUCUCCACCUCCCUCAGUCUGCUGGGGUUUCUGCUGCCGCUUAGUGAAAAACGAUGGAGAAAACGAUGGAGCUGAAAAUGUUGCUGGAGUCAUCUCUGAAGCGGAUCUUUCAGGCGACUGUGACCGACAUCCUGGUCUCGGUGGAGCAGACCCUCUCUGAGUACCAGGGAACAAUCCAGACGAUCCAGACCGAGAACGAAGGUCUGAAGCGGCUGCUGUCUGCACAGAGGAGCGCAGAGUCCCUCCAUGAAGGUCUGCUGUCCUCAGAUGCCGCUGCACAGUUUUCUGGCUCAGAUUGGAACAAUCAUCUUAUUACUUCUUCUAAUUCUCAACUAGAAGAACAGGCGUGUGUGGACAAGUCCGGUAGAAUCUCAGCUCCUGUGAAAACAGAACCUCAUUUGGAAGAAAGUGGUCAUGUUGACCUCUGCCAGCCAUCUCUGAAUCAGACCGUGAAGCUGGUGAAGAAUGAAAGCUCAGAGGUUACUGGUGAUGCAUUCACAGAUGUGCAUCUGCUGGAUCCUUCAAGCCCUAAACAUGAAUGUAGGGAAAGUGACCUCAGUGCUAAAGUCGCUGUUGUUUCCAAAGGCUACACACAGGAGGGACAUUUUAUCAAGAUUGAGAAAGAGGAGGAGGCUGAAGCACUGCCAGACCAUGAAGGUGAUGGUUUGUCUCAGCCAGAGCUCAAUUAUGCACUGAAGCAUCAGGAAGCAGAGUUGGAUCAAAGAUGGUUGGAAGGAGAAAGCACAAAGGAUGUGCAGCAGGUAGAAGGAACAUUGGAGCAAAAUAAUUCACCCGUUAUUCCUGAAGAAGAUACCCAAGAACAAAGCAGCAACUUUUUACGCUGUCCUAUCUGUCCAAAGACAUUUAGCCAAGCAGCUUCGCUCACUACUCACAUCAAAACUCACAGCAAGAGUAAAGAUCGCAGCUGCAGUGUUUGUGGGAAAACCUUCAAGCGGGAAGAAGACCUCAUUUCUCACAAGCACACCCACACGGGAGAAAAACGGCAUGGCUACGAUAUCUGCAGCAAGACGUCCACCCCUCCAGGCAAGCUCAGGGUGCACAGGCGCAUCCAUACCGGAGAGAAGCCCUUCUCCUGCUCAUACUGUGGGAAAUGUUUCAAUAACUACAAUCACCUUAAGCCCCACCUAAGGACUCACACCGGGGAGAAGCCGUACGGCUGCCAGCAGUGUGGUAAAACAUUCAAAAGCAGUGGAAACCGUCAGAGGCACGUGAGGACUCACACGGGCGAGCGGCCUCACAGCUGCACUCAGUGUGGCAAGAGGUUCAGCACCCUCAGCUACCUCAAAACACAUUACAGGACCCACACUGGGGAGAAGCCGUAUGGCUGUAAGCAGUGCAGGAAGACUUUCAGCCGGGCUUCAGUCCUUAAGAUCCACAUGCGGAUCCACACUGGAGAAAGGCCGUACGGCUGCAAUGAGUGUGGCAAGAAAUUUCCUUGGUCCAGCAGCCUGAAGGUGCACCUGAAGACUCACACGUAAGAGAUGGAGUACAGCUGCACAUACUGCAAGACGAGCUUUAGCACGUCCUGCCACCUGAAAAGACACACGAUGGUGCACAUCAAGGAGAAGGUUCUUUUUCCGCAGUCAGUGUGGGGAAGAUCUAUGCGAUACACAAUCCUUUAAAAAGCACCUUAAGAGUCACGCAUCACAGGAGUAAAACCUGCAGAGUGCAGGAAGUACAAGUGAGGCUGCAAGAAACCUAGCAGGGUCUGCAACUGAGCUUUGAUGUAUGACAGAAACUUAAACCAGUUGACUUAAAAGUAUGUGAAUAACAGAUAUGGGAUUUUUAAAACAUUACAAUACACUGUUGUAGUAAAUUGAUGUGUUUAGCAUAUAAUAUAAUAUCUAAAAGCUGUGACUUUUUAUAUGUCUUCAUAUUGUAGCGCACUCUGAGAGACAAGAAGACCAAAUGCGGCAUUUAUAAAAGCUGAUUUUGCUUAAAAAAUGCUGGAAGAUUUUUUUUUGUCUUUCAUGUCAUAUCAGAAAUAAAGGCCCUCUAAAUGAAUGGGAACUAGUAGAGGGCUUCUAUUUGUGGUAAAUUCACACACAUGUACAUGAUGGGUUAGAUCUGUCAUCUUUCAUUGUAAUUGUUGUCUUUAAUUAAAUAGUUUAAUCCAAAGACUUUAUUUUUCCUUCACCAAAUGAAAUAAUUUCUUGAAUCAGAGCUUUCAGGUCAUAAAUUACAAGGGGCACAUUUUGGAAAGCUUCAGAAUAUUCUGUUAAAAAUGUUUUAAGUUUUACAAAAUUGAAGCAAUUGUUUGCUGCCAGUACCAAAUGUUGAGCUGGGGUCCUUCUCUUCCAAAGGCAUCUUUGAAAGAGAAGUUAAUUCUCCAGUGGGUUGUGCAGUGGCACAGUUGAUAGCACUGUUGGCUCACGGCAAGUAGGGUUGUGGGUUUGAAUCUCUGCCUGGGCUCUAUCUGAAUAGAGUUUGCAUGUUGUCCCUAUGGAUGCAUGGGCUCUUUUUCCGGGUACACCGGCUUCCUCCCUCAGACCAAUAACAUGACUGUUAAUCGGCCUCUCCAAAUUGUUCCUCUCAAGGUGCGUUCACAUUGAACGCGAAUGUGGCAGGCUGAGCAACAGGUUUACGUGAUUUCCCUAUGCACAGGUACAACACAGGAGCGAUGUGACGCUAAGCGAGGCCACAGAGACAAUUCUAGCAACGCAAAAGGCUUAUUUUUAAGGCUUUCAGUUUUGGUAAUUUGAUUGAAUAUAGGGUUGUGUUUGAAUUCAGUGUUCUUUAUUUAAAAAUAGGUAAUCGAGAAACAGCAUAAAAUGGCCAGGGCUGUACUUAAAAUGUUUAUUUUUUAUUUUUUUAUGAUUAUCAAUAUCAAUUUGCCGAUAUGCUAUUUUCCUAUAUCAUCCAGCACUAAAAGCAACAUUAUAAUUCAACAUCCUUUUGGUCUUUUUACAUAAAAAAAAUAAACAUUCCUAAUUACUCCACAACCAUAGGUGGCAGUUUACUGACCUGUGAGCUCAAAGAAAAACAAUAAAAAAAAAUUAAAAAUGUAUUGAACAUCUGGAACAUUGACAAUUAUAAAAGCUUUAGCUCUUAUCAAAAGAUCUGUAAUAAACAUAUAAGAAAUUAAAUAUCUUCUACAUUUUCCAACAUUUCCAAAAGCAAAACAAGGAAUUCAGAGAACCUAAACAAACAAGACAGAAGAAACAAAAAUACAUGCAAAAAAAAACACUAAGGGGCCGAUAACUGAAAAUCUUCCAUUAUCCUGUACAACCUUUUUGCAUUAUUGUUUUGCAUCUUUCUCAGACACCUUUGAAACAAGCGUAGCUCAUUUUUGAGAGCAGGGAAAUUAGGGCGUUUACCAAAUCUACAUUUAUGUAUGUGGUAUUUUGUUGCAAUAAUUACAAUAUUAACCUGGAAUUCCAUAUCAUUCUUUUUGAGAAAUAAACCGAAAUGGAUGUGUUGAAAUGAGAAAAAGAACAAUAUUUGUGGAUUUGGAAGAUAAGAAGUUGUGGAGUAAUCUCCAUGCAUUUUUAACAUCUCUACAUUCAUUGAACAAGUGUUUAGUUGUUUCCUGUUGUGUUUUACAGAAACUAAAAUUUUCUACAUCAAAUUUAAAUCUUUCUCUUAUGAACUCCUUAGAAGGAUAAAUGAUAUUCAUUGUUUUAGAAUGCAGUUCUUUAUAUUUAGGAGGAAUUGGAAAAUUACUUUGUCCUAAUUAAAGAUAUUGAAGAUUUGUCAAAGUUUUGUAAGUUAAGUGUUUUUUGUUCUCUCCGGGUACAAAAUGUAUUAUCACAUUUCUUUUCAAUAAUAUCCACACCAUCAAUUUGAAUCUAGUGUAACCUUGGUAUUAUGAUGUAAGAUAAAUUAUAUUUUACUGAGAGGAUGAGGAUGUUGGGAAUCUUUUAUAUUACUUUCUUGUAAUUUGCCUCAGAACAAUCAAUUCUAUACUUGUUAAAUUCCUCCAAAUUAAGGAUGCCACUGUUUUUGUCCAAUAAGUGCAAAAAAGACCAGAUUUGUUUUUUCCACCAGUCUUCCAUAAAUAUAGAUUUUGUUCGACUCAGUAUGACUCUGCUGUUCCAUUAUGGAACAUUAGGGGGACUAAAGUUGUGUUUAAACAUCGUUUUCCUAGAAAAAUAUCAAACUAUCUUAUCCUCUAAGAGGAGACUGGUGGUGCAUCCAAAAAGUUCUAAUUGGUAAGGACUAUUUAGCUAAAGCAGAAGUGCAUCAGCGUUCACCUUGAUAAGUGCUGUCGGAAUAGUGCAGUCAGUUGAAAAUGUCCAGAGGGAAGAGAGCGCACACGUGUAAGUAGCACCAUUUAUCCACAUAUUGCAUGACUUAUCGGUCAUCCAUAUGGAUAACAGGCCUUUGGCCUUCUCCUCUUUUCUUGUCUACAGCAAAUAAGCUCCAUUAGCUAGUGUAACAGUGUAAACACAAACGUUUAAAUCAAAGGAAGCAAUGUAAGGCAGAGUGAUGUGAUGAAAUAUAUUGUAUAUGUACAUGUGAACCUUGAAAAUUAAACUGAUUAUUUGUUUAUGUUGUACACAUAGUUGAUUUUGCAUAUAAUAUGUAUUUACCAUUUUCUGUUAAAAAUGAUUCAUACAGUUAAAAAAGUUAAAAUAAAUUAAAGCAAUUGUAUCGGCUGCUGUUAGACCGAGAAAGUCUUUGUAAGUUUUGUCCGGAAAACAUAAGAAAUAAAGCAAUAAAAAAAA